UAUUAAUCCUAUUAAUCCUAUUAAUAUUCUAAAAAAAAAAAAAAAUUUCUUUAAAAUUCUAUAUUGUUUCUAUUAUAUUCUAUUUCACUUUUACUAUUAUAAUCAAAUACUUUUUUUUUUCGCGUUAAAAUAUGACUGAACAAAAAAGACUUGGUACACUUAUAGUUGUUGCCAUGGAGGCGAGGAAUUUAAGUACUCGCGAUGUUGUUGGAAAAGGAGAUCCAUUUGUUGCUUUUCAUUUGGAUGGUGAUUCAAAAAGGAUAAGAGCAGACAAAAGAGGUGGUCAACACCCUAAAUGGGACGAAGAAGUACGCUUUAGUGUUAUGAAGAAUACCUCCAAGAAAUUGAAGUUUCAGGUGUUUAAUGACGAUAAACGGGAGCCUGUUCUUAUUGGGGACGCAACCAUAGAUUUAUCUGAAGUUUUGGAUAAAACCGAAUGGGAUGCAUGGCAUGAAAUAAGUUUUCGUAACAAGUAUGCCGGCGAAGUUUCACUUGAGAUGACAUUUUAUUAUGACGAACCUCCACCACAGAAACAUGUACAUAAUCAACCUGUACAUAGUAAUUCUUUACCUCCCCAAGCACCAGUACCAAAUUCGUACCCAAAUUCAGCAUCUCACAUUGCUCCUCCUCCAGUUGUGAAUAAACCUAUAUCUGCUCCAUCUGCUUAUCCUCCAUCAAAUACUUAUCCUACUUCUCCAAAUGCUUAUCCUCCUCCUAAUUCUUCAAGUGUUUAUCCUCCUCCUAGUUCUACAGCUCCUUCAAAUGUUUAUCCUCCUAAUUCUGCACCUUCAAAUGUUUAUCCUCCUAAUUCUGUUCCUCCAAAUGUUUAUCCUCCCCAUAAUUCUCCUCCCCAAUCUCAACCACCACAAUUCUUUGGUCCUAAUCGAACGCAAUCACCUUCUUCUCAAUACUCAUCUCCAGGAAAUGUAUACCCACCACCUUUACAAUCACAAGGUUUUCCUCCUGCUUAUCCGCCGAUAUCUUCUCCGCCGAUAUCUACUCCAUCCUACAGGCCAAUUAAUGCUCCUACUCGACACGAUAGUGGUAAUUUAGCUUUUCCGAUACCGAUUCCAACUCCCAUUACCGGCAAUAGUUCAUAUCCUCAAUCUGGUUAUCCACCUAGUAACUAUCCACCUAAUAAUAAUCCUUACCCACCACCUAAUAAUAUUUAUCCUCCUCCAGCUGGUGGAAAUAUAUAUCCACCACCUCAAAAUACCUUUAAUCAAGGUUACCCACCAAAUCCUUAUCCGCCAAGUGGGCACUAUUAAAUUUAGUUUAAUGAGGAUAUAAUAAUAAUAAAUGGACAAUUAUAUAAAUUAUUAUCAAGUUAAACUAUUAAUUUGAUCUAUUAAUUUUUUUUUAAAUAGUUAUUGUAAAUUUCUUCUCAUAAUGUUAAAUUAUAGAAUCUAUAUUUGAUUUAUACACACACAUAUAUACUAUUAUUAUAUAUAUAUAUAUACUAUAUA